UUCGCUUGCGUUGCGCUCCUCUCCUUCCUCAUCACACCGCGACGCCUCCUCUCCUCUCUCUUCCUCUCUCUUCCCCAGAGCUCGAAACCCUAGGAGCGUGCGGCGCGGCGGCGGCGGCGAGGCAUGGCGAUGGACCCGGACGCGGUGGCCAAGGCCUUCGUGGAGCACUACUACCGGACGUUCGACACCAACCGCGCCGCGCUGGUGGGGCUGUACCAGGACACCUCCAUGCUCACCUUCGAGGGCCAGAAGUUCCAGGGCCCGGCCGCCAUCGCCGGCAAGCUCGGCUCGCUCCCCUUCCAGCAUUGCGAGCACCAGAUCGUCACCGUCGACUGCCAGCCGUCGGGACCCCAGGGAGGCAUGCUCGUCUUCGUCUCCGGCUCUAUCCGCACCGGCCCCGAGGAGCACCCCAUCAAGUUCUCCCAGGCGUUCCAUUUGCUGCCGGCUGGAGGUAGCUUCUACGUGCAGAAUGACAUGUUCCGCCUGAACUAUGGUUAAGACAGUCGGAAAUCGCGGGAAGCAAAGUGAUUUAAGGGUUUCAUGUUGAAUCGAUGAAUAUGAAUGGUGCUGCUACUCUUGUGCGUUUGUUGACUGCUGUCGUUUAUUGCAAGAAAAUUGCUAGACUUGCUAGACUUGAUAUGCUUGCUGGAUAAUUUCUCUUAUUUUGGAUCGUGUACUCUGGUUGCGUGGGCGCCGUUUCUUUGUGGAAUGUGAAUGAAAACUGUCCAGAUUUUUCAUGUGAGGGGUCUCCCGUUUGUCCUGGUUGAUGGUUGUCCCGGAAGCCCUUUGUUUGGUGAAGUUCUUGUAAUCAUACAGGAAACUGGGUUCCCCGAACAGAACAUGCCGUAAGAUAUGGCACGGUCUUUUAAAUUAAAUUUUAACGAU